GGAAGGUUGAGCAAGUUUGGUACUCAUUUGUCCUGCAAUCACGUUGGUGAGGACCACGGCGAUUAGGCCGCAAUGGCCAUCGUCCUCUCCCUCCCCUCAUCCCCGUCUCCGUGCCGUAGCCGGAUGCCAUGGAUCCGGUUCCCACGCGCUGCUAUCGUUGAGGCCUUCCCCGGCUCCGGCUCCGGCUCCGGCUCCAUGCCCGACGGGGGUGGCAGCAACGGCCUGAAUGCCAUACAGAUCCCUGCGAGGGUGCCGAUGCGAAGCGUUGACUCCAAUUCCCAGGCGGCUCUCUCUGUCGUCUCCAAAGAUCUCGCCGAAAAUAUACAGUCGGAGGCGCGGGCCGUGGCUCGCGCGGCCAAUGCGACCGUAUACAACCCGCAGUUCCUCGCCACGAAAUAUUCCUCUCGGCCGCUCAAGGUGUUCUCGAGGACGCUGGAGAUAUUCAUGGCGUUGGGCAUUUUUGCUCUGAAACUAGUCAUGGACCAGAGGCAAGGGAAGGUUGACAGGAGGAAGCGGAAAAGAGCAGCGGAGCUGACCAGAACCCUCGCUCGGUUGGGCCCGACGUUUGUCAAGAUCGGGCAGGGCUUGUCCACGCGGCCUGAUAUCUGCCCGCCGGAAUAUCUGGAGGAACUCUCCGAAUUACAGGAUGGACUUCCCACAUUUCCAAACGAGGACGCAUUUGCCUGCAUUGAGAGGGAGCUGGGGAUGCCCCUCGACUGCUGUUUCUCAGUCAUAUCGACAGAACCAGUGGCCGCUGCAAGUCUCGGCCAGGUUUACAAAGCCCAACUUAAGCACUCAGGGAAGUCUGUCGCAGUUAAGGUGCAGCGGCCAGAGAUUGAAGAUUCUAUUGGAUUAGAUUUUUACCUCCUGAGAGGUCUAGGGUUCCUGAUAAACAAGUAUGUGGACAUAGUCACUUCUGACAUUGUAGCUCUAGUUGAUGAAUAUGGAAGAAGAGUCUAUCAGGAACUUAAUUAUGUUCAGGAAGGACAAAAUGCACGUAGAUUUAAAAAAUUGUAUGCUGACAAGCAUGAAGUGCUUGUGCCAGAAAUAUACUGGGAGUACACGGGCACAAAAGUCCUGACAAUGGAUUGGGUGGAUGGUAUCAAGUUGAAUGAGCAGGAAGCUAUCGAGAAGCAAGGUUUAAAGCUGUUGAAUUUGGUUGAUAUAGCUAUUCAGUGUAACUUGAGGCAGUUGCUUGAACAUGGCUUUUUUCACGCUGAUCCUCAUCCUGGUAAUAUUUUAGCAACACCAGAGGGGAAACUUGCUUUUAUUGACUUUGGAAUGAUGAGUGAAACACCAGAGGAAGCAAGAUAUGCUAUCAUUUGUCAUGUAGUUCACAUGGUUAAUCGGGAUUAUGAUGCCAUGGCUCGUGAUUACUACGCACUGCAUUUUCUCACACCCGAUGUGGAUGUUUCUCCGAUCGUUCCUCUUCUUAGGAACUUCUUUGAUGAUGCACUCAAUUCAACAGUAAGAGAGCUCAACUUCAAGACCAUCGUUGAUGGUUUAGGAAAUGUAAUGUAUCAGUACCCUUUUAGUGUCCCUGCGUAUUAUGCUCUUAUCUUGAGGUCACUCACAGUGUUAGAAGGUCUAGCUCUUUAUGCUGACCCAAAUUUUAAGGUGCUUGCUGCCUCAUACCCAUAUUUUGCUAAAAGGCUUCUAACUGAUCCAAAUCCAUAUCUCCGAGAUGCUCUCAUAGAGUUGUUGUUCAAAGACGGGAGAUUCAGGUGGAAUAGGCUUGAGAAUCUUCUUGUUCAAGGAAGUAAGGACAGAGAAUUUUCAACUAAAGAUGCUUUGCAACCAAUUCUAAUGCUGCUAUUGGAUCCUCAUGGGGAAGAACUGCGUGAUCUGGUUGUGAAAGAGGCUGUCUGUGUCACUGAAGCUAUUGCCUUUGGUACUAUGAUCGAUGCAUAUCGAUCCAUGCCUGACUUCAUGAAGGCAUUCAUCAGCAAUGGAAAUGCAAGCGGACCAUUUAAUUUUAAUCUUAGUGAACAUGAACAAGCACAAAUGGUAGAACUUCGCGAUAGAGUUUUUAGAAUAUGGAAUCUGUUGAGAUCCUCAGGGAACUUUGAUCCAAGCCUUCUUUGGCCAAUUUUGCAGGUUCUGGAAGAACAAGAAGUUCGCAACCUCAGUAGUCGUGUUGUUGGUGGAAUUACUCAACGCUUUGCUGCUCGAUUUCUCCUCCAGUUUCUCAGAUCUCCAGCUACUGCUUCUGGGUAGAUGCCAUCACCUCAAACACUGCUUUACUCUCAGUUUUCUCCUGCAUGCACUUAAAUAGCAAUUCUGAUUCAACUAUAUCCUGCUUAAUCUUCAUUAAUGUAUUUGUUAUUUCAAGGGUAGUUUUUAGUAUCAUAAUCAUGCAGGAGCUGUGUUCUUAAUCUCCACUGCUACCUGACGUUGCUUCAUCCAGAAAAUGCCACUAUUGUUUUGAUCAUGAAAGAACAAUGAUCCUCUGUUGAACUCUUGAGAUUCCAGAGAAUAAUAGUGUAUUUGCUAUAUCUAAAAAAUUAAAA